CAAGGCACUGGAGACUCAAGAUGGCGACGGCUGCUGCAUCCUCCGCUUCAGAACCGGAGGCUGAGCCUAAAAUUGGGCCCCAGGCUGAGGGAGAGGAGGAUAAGGUUAAAGAUAAUAGGACGAGGAGGAAGGUGUUACCGCGGGCUGUCUCUGCUGCGACUCACAAAACCAUAGGGCCAGGGUGGGAUCCGCAGGAGGAAGGCGAGGGCGAGAGUGAGAGUGAUGGAGACGAGGAGUACGCCAUGGCUUCUUCGGCUGAGAGCUCCCCGGGGGAGUACGAGUGGGAGUACGACGAAGAGGAAGAGAAAAACCAGCUGGAGAUAGAGCGGCUGGAGGAGCAGCUAUCUAUCAACGUUUAUGACUACAACUGUCACGUGGAUCUGAUCAAGCUGCUGCGGCUGGAAGGAGAGCUCACCAAAGUGAGGAUGGCUCGUCAGAAGAUGAGCGAGAUCUUUCCUUUGACUGAAGAGCUCUGGCUGGAGUGGCUGCAUGACGAGAUCAGCAUGGCCCUGGACGGCCCCGACAGGGAGCACGUGUACGAGCUCUUUGAGAAGGCUGUGAAGGAUUACCUGUGUCCUAAUAUUUGGCUGGAGUACGGCCAGUACUCAGUUGGUGGGAUUGGCCAGAAGGGGGGCCUUGAGAAAGUGCGCUCUGUGUUUGAAAGGGCACUCUCAUCCACCGGCUUACACAUGACCAAAGGACUCGCCCUCUGGGAGGCUUACCGAGAGUUUGAAAGUGCAAUCGUUGAAGCUGCUCGGCUUGAGAAAGUCCACAGUCUCUUCCGGCGGCAGUUGGCGAUUCCACUCUACGAUAUGGAGGCCACUUUUGCAGAGUAUGAAGAAUGGUCAGAAGACCCAAUACCGGAAUCGGUAAUUCAGAACUAUAAUAAAGCGCUACAGCAGUUGGAGAAAUAUAAGCCCUAUGAAGAUGCACUGCUGCAAGCAGAGGCACCAAGACUGGCUGAGUACCAAGCAUACAUCGAUUUUGAGAUGAAAGUUGGUGAUCCCGCUCGCAUUCAGUUGGUGUUUGAGCGCGCCCUGGUCGAGAACUGCCUGGUCCCUGACUUGUGGAUCCGCUACAGUCAGUACUUAGAUCGGCAGCUGAAAGUCAAGGAUUUGGUCUUAUCUGUACACAGUCGAGCUGUUAGAAACUGCCCCUGGACAGUUGCCCUGUGGAGUCGCUAUCUCUUGGCCAUGGAGAGAUACGAAGUUGAUCAUAAAACAAUUUCAGCAACCUUCGAGAAAGCGUUGAGUGCCGGCUUCAUCCAGGCCACCGAUUAUGUGGAGAUCUGGCAGGCGUACCUUGAUUACCUGAGGAGAAGGGUUGAUUUCCAGCAAGACUCCAGUAAAGAGCUGGAAGAGUUGAGAUCAUCGUUCACGCGUGCUCUGGAGUAUAUGAAAGAGGAGGUUGAAGAGCGUUUCAACGAGAGUGGAGACCCGAGUUGUGUGAUCAUGCAGAACUGGGCCAGGAUUGAGGCUCGACUGUGCAAAAAUAUGCAGAAAGCCCGGGAACUCUGGGACAACAUCAUGACCAAAGGAAAUGCCAAGUAUGCCAACAUGUGGCUGGAGUAUUACAACCUGGAGAGGGCGCAUGGUGAUAUACAGCACUGCCGUAAGGCGCUCCACCGGGCUGUCCAGUGCACCAGUGACUACCCUGAACAUGUCUGCGAGGUGCUGCUCACCAUGGAGAGAACAGAAGGUACUCUAGAAGAUUGGGACAUAGCUGUUCAGAAAACGGAAACUCGACUAGCACGUGUUAAUGAGCAGAGAAUAAAGACUGCAGAGAAGGAAGCAGCUCUGGCCCAGCAGGAAGAAGAAAAGGUUGAACAACGGAAGAGGGCCCGGGCUGAGAAGAAAGCACUGAAAAAGAAGAAAAAGGUUCGAGGUGGAGACAAGCGUGAUGCCGACGAGGACGCUGAGAAAGAGUGGGGUGAUGACGAGGAAGAGCAGCCUUCCAAGCGCAGGAGGGUUGAGAACAACAUUCCUCCCGCCGACGAAGCACAAGGCACAGGCAGGGAGGCAGGAUGGGCUGGGAAGAGGGCGCCUGCGGAUGUUGACCCUCCUUCUAAGCAGAAGGAGAAGGCUGCCUCCCUGAAGCGGGAUCUGGCCAAGGUGCCCCACGACAGCAGUAAGGACAGCAUCACCGUCUUUGUCAGCAACCUGCCCUAUAGCAUGGACGAGCCCGACGUGAAGCUCAGACCUUUCUUUGAGAUCUGUGGUGAAGUGGUGGAGAUCCGACCCAUCUUCAGCAACCGUGGUGACUUCCGAGGGUACUGCUAUGUGGAAUUUAAAGAUGAAAAAUCAGCGCUGCAGGCUCUGCAGCUGGACCGUACAAAUGUGGAAGGGAGGCCAAUGUUUGUCUCCCCCUGUGUGGAUAAGAGCAAAAACCCUGAUUUUAAGGUGUUCAGAUACAGCACUGCCCUGGAGAAGCACAAGCUGUUCAUCUCGGGCCUGCCUUUCUCCUGCACUAAAGAGGAGCUGGAGGAAAUCUGCAAAGCCCACGGCACCGUGAGGGAUCUCCGACUUGUAACCAACCGGGCUGGCAAACCCAAGGGCCUGGCAUAUGUGGAGUAUGAGAAUGAGUCGCAGGCGUCGCAGGCUGUUCUGAAGAUGGACGGCAUGACUCUCAGGGAGAAUGUCAUCAAAGUGGCAAUCAGCAAUCCUCCUGAGAGGAAAGCUGCUGGAAAGCCAGAUACGCGGAAAGCCCCUGGUGGCACCAUGGUACCGCGGCAGGUUUAUGGAGCGAGGGGUAAGGGAAGGACCCAGCUCUCUCUCCUGCCCCGGGCCCUGCAUCGCCCGAGCGCCGCAGCUCCCCAGACUGAGAAUGGCCCUGCUGCUCCGUGUCCAGCCCUCGACAGCUCCUCGGUUACCGAGGCACCCAAGAUGUCCAAUGCUGAUUUUGCCAAGUUGCUUUUGAAAAAGUGA